UGCAACAUAAGUGGUGUGUUGUUAACCCACUGCUGUGGUCUCUGCCGCUAGCCACCUCGCGCAACCCCGCGUCCCUAACAAAAGCUGCUCGCUCGGAUCGCGUUCGUGCUUCGUGCCGAUCAUCGCGAGAGUUUGGAGAAAUAUUUUCCAUCGCGUUGAGUUUAGUUCUUUAAACGCUGAGGUGUAGCAUUGAAGCUGUCAUCCGUCCGUUCCGUUCGGGUAUUUUUGAAUAAGACGGGCGCGCGAGGGAUUUUGGUGCUGUUUUUCCCGAAAAAAAUAGUGUGUUCCGUUUGAGCCCUCGGACCUCGGAGAGCGGAUGAGUGAGCCAAAAGAGGUGCCAGAAGUGAAGAAAACAACAGAAGAAAAGGAGAACAGGCAGUGCGACAUUAGAGGAGAGCUAGUUUUUCUUAAUGGAAUGAAAUAACACGGCCCCAAGAGUUGUUGGACCCCGUUGACUCGAGUUGAUCUGAUGUGUACGGGCAGAAACGGGAUCGAGUUAUAGUGACGACCGAGCGAGAGAGAGAGAGAGAGACCCAAGACAAGGGAUACAUUUUAAAUUGAACCCGCGCGUUUAGAGAGUCAUUUGAACGGGGAGGAAAAUUCGCUCUGGAUUUUAGAGGUCUGUGUAUAUCCUUAAUCCCUCCGAGCAUCAAUCAUAACAAAGUGACAAGUCCGUGAGACUACCCCCGGGGUCGAUCAUGUGUGUGAAAAUUAAUUGACUGUAUUACGUUGCAUUCGGACCCGCGAUGUACCUCCCGAUCAAUGGCGGAUGCUGAUCGAUCGAUCGUCGCUGCGAGUGAUUGAGUAAAGGGAUUUUUACCCUUGUGUGUGCGCAAAGGAGAGGAGUUCACGACCGCCCAGCGGUGGAAAAUUGUACAAAUUUGGAACUCGUGGAGUGUGAAGUCGUCGGGAUCGUGUCCAAGGGUGGGAACGCAGGAAGAGCUGAAAAGUGGAAUAUCUUUCCACAAAUCUUGGCGCGAGCUAUGCGCAAAGCGAGUGACAAAGAUAGCACAACACCCCGGCGAGAGGCAGAGGGAAAGAAAAGAAAAACAAACCGAAAGCCUGUGACGAAGCUUUGGAAGACCAAGACGACGACGACGUCGGGUUUGGAAGAGAGCGCAAAAGAGUGUGGAUGUAAUACAAAGUGAAAUACAAAAAUAUUUUUAUAAUAAAAUAAAGUCAAACGGAGUGAACGCACGGGGGAGAGAGAGAGAGAAAGAGUGAAACGAAUAAGCGCGAAGAUCAAGGAGAGCGAAGGAAGAGAAAAAAAAAACCGAAAGCUGUGGAAGAAAGGUGAGGUGAGUGAAGCAAAAAAGUACGAGGAAGAAUUUUUUAAAAGGAAAUUUUUGUAGCUGCAAAUAGGAAUUUUAAUCACAAGAUUUUUCGGAUGCAUUUUGAUUUUGCUUAUAUGAUUAACACGAAGUGGGAUUAAGUUUUGCUCGUGUGUGUGUGUGUUGUGUCAGUUUGGUUCUUCCUUCAGUGUGAUUUUCCGCCGGAAAUUUGCGCAAAACCAAAGGAUUUGGAAGAAGUGUUAUUAUCAUUUUUUUUUGUUCGUUGUGCGUUUGUUUGAUGGUGAAGAUCACGUUUGAAACGAGCAAAGUUUGAAACAAGUGGUGGAAAGAAGUAGCAGUGCCAGUUUUCGGAUGCUCUUUGUUUUUCCCAAAGCGCAGCCCAUUCGCUUAGAAAAAGCUCGUGCUGAUCAUGAUGAUGAAGUGUUGAUUUGUUGCGAUAGCCGCGCGGAGUCCAAAGCGAAAGAGAGAAACCGUCGAAAAGGUCCGAAAAGAUAAUAAGGAAGUGAAUAUUUCAACUGCAAGCCACGAAAGAGAGAUAGAAGCGACGAAAAUCAAAUCGAAGCAGCCUAACUCCCGUAGUAGUCGAGAAGAAAGUGCAUCAUUUCAGCAAAGUGCAUUCCAUUUGGGCGCUGAGAAGAGUAUGUUAUGAAACGCAGUAAGCCACGACGGACAACUUGGUACUCUGAGAAAUACCCCCAAAUAAAAGGAAUUAAGGGAUUACAUACCCUCCAGCGGGUUUAAAUCAAGAUUGCCUUCAAGAGCUCUCAAAAUCACCGCUAACACGACGACGCACCCCGGAGAACGCCCGCAAUGGACCCCACCCUGUCAGGACGCCAGCUCGCGCGCGUCCUCCGAUCCAACUCUAGCCGGUGAUAUCCACCGGAGCAGCAUCAUGCCAGCUGCUGCCACUAGUCAAUCGCCAUCGUUAAGACCGCCACCAUCACCUCUAGCCGCCCCACCGCCAGAAAGCGUCGGAAUGCGAGCGAUGGGUAAGAACACCAGCAGCUGCUUCCGCUUCCGCCACAGAAAAAUGUCCCUCCUGUGGCUGCUGCUGAUGAUAUGUGCCUUCGCCGGGGAUAGUGGCGGAGGGAAGUCGCUGCUGAGGCUUGCGAGUGCCGAACACGUUCGGGAACUGGAAGUUUCCGAAGGAGUGCCCAUCGGGCACCAGAUCGGGUUUAUUGGGGAGUUUCUGCAUGGGGUCGAUAGCGGGCCACCAUAUUUGAUAGUGCCGGUGCCGGGAAGUGCCGUGGAUACCGAUCUGGCGAUUGAUCACACCACGGGUGAGAUCCGGACGAAGGUCCUGAUGGACCGGGAGAAACGGUCAUCCUACUCGCUGGUGGCGAUUCCGCUGAGCGGUGAAAACGUUCGCGUUGUGAUACGAGUGUUGGAUGAGAACGACAAUGCGCCGACCUUUCCGACCGCGCUCAUGAACAUUGAGUUCCCGGAGAAUACUCCACGGGACGUGAAGAGAACGUUGAACCCGGCGAGGGAUUCGGAUCUGGGCAGAUAUAAUACCCAACGGUACAAUAUCGUGUCCGGGAAUGUAAAUAACGCCUUCCGGUUGUCCUCGCAUCGGGAACGGGACGGUGUACUGUAUUUGGAUCUGCAAAUUAACGGCUUCCUCGAUCGAGAGACCACUCCAGCCUAUAGCCUCGUUGUAGAGGCUCUGGAUGGUGGUAAUCCUCCACUCCGGGGACAGAUGACUGUUAACAUUACGAUCCAGGAUGUGAACGACAACCAGCCGAUCUUCAAUCAGAGUCGUUAUUUUGCAACCGUUCCGGAGAACGCAACAAUCGGAACCACGGUUCUGCAAGUGUAUGCGACCGAUCAGGACGCGGGGGAGAAUGGAUUGGUAGAGUACGCGAUCAACAGGAGACAGAGUGAUAAGCAUCAGAUGUUUCGGAUAGACCAGAACACGGGUUUGAUUUCGGUCAACAAACCGCUGGAUUUCGAAACCAAAGAGCUGCACGAGUUGGUUGUGGUGGCCAAGGAUCGUGGGUUGCAACCGCUAGAAACUACUGCCUUUGUGUCGAUACGUGUGACCGAUGUGAACGAUAACCAGCCAAUAAUAAAUGUGAUAUUUUUGAGUGAUGACGCGACUCCGAAAAUUUCCGAAAGUGCUCAACCGGGGGAGUUUGUGGCGAGAAUUUCAGUGAAUGAUCCGGACUCGAAGACGGAAUACUCGAAUGUGAAUGUGACGCUGUCCGGUGGUGAAGGCCAUUUCGGGCUGACUACGAGAGAUAAUAUUAUUUAUUUGGUGAUUGUGUCGCUCCCGCUGGAUCGUGAAAUUAAGCCUAAUUAUACGCUGAGUGUGGUGGCCACGGAUACCGGAAAUCCUCCGCUACAUGCAGCGAAAACGAUCUUCCUGACCGUGACGGAUAUCAACGAUAAUGCACCCGAUUUCGAGAAGGAAAUUUACCACGCGAACGUGAUGGAAGUGGCAGAUCCGGGUACUUCGGUUAUCCAGGUGACCGCCAUCGAUAAAGACGAAGGGAACAACUCGGCCAUCAUAUAUUCGCUGAUGGACACGCCCGAUACCCAUUCGCAAUGGUUUCAGAUCGAUUCUAACUCCGGUUUGAUAACGACCCGUGCUCACAUUGACUGCGAAACCGACCCGGUGCCGCAGUUGAUCGUGGUGGCGAAAGAUAAUGGCUUCCCGCCACUGUCCUCCACCGGCACGGUCCUGGUCACCAUCCACGACGUCAACGAUAACGAGCCGAUCUUCGAUCAGAGCUUCUACAACGUCUCGGUAGCGGAGAAUGAACCUAAAGGACGCUGCAUUCUGAAGGUAUCGGCUACCGAUCCGGAUUGUGGCGUCAAUGCAAUGGUAAAUUACACCCUCGGCGAAGGCUACAAGAAGAUCACCGAGUUCGAGAUACGCUCGAGCACCGGCGAGGUUUGCAUCGCGUCCGAGCUCGACUACGAGGCACGCAAUUCGUACGAGUUUCCGAUCAUCGCCACCGAUCGAGGGGGCCUCAGUACAACUGCGAUGGUAAAAAUACAACUGACGGACGUGAACGACAACCGACCCACAUUUUAUCCCCGCGAAUACAACGUCUCCCUGCGGGAGUCGAUGCCGACGAAUUCCCUCCUCUCAACCCCGGUGGUGGUGGUCGUCGCAACCGAUUCCGACUCGGGAAGCUUUGGCACGAUCAGCUAUCGGAUAGUGGCCGGAAAUGAGGCAGGAAUUUUUCGGAUGGAUCGACUGACGGGAGAGAUAUUCAUCGCCCGGCCAAACAUGCUAUCCAGCCGGAGUCAACCGUACCAUCGGUUGAACAUAUCUGCCAGCGAUGGUGGCGGUUUGCGGUCCACUCACGAUGCGGAAGUGUUCAUCAGUGUUAUCGAUGCAACGCAGAGGCCACCGAUCUUCGAUAAGCCCCGAUAUACGUACUAUGUGAAGGAGGACGUCAAGAAGAACACUGUCGUGGGAACGGUGUCAGCUACCAGUAGUAACUCAGGAAGUCGAGCUUCGAUCCGAUAUUUCAUCUAUUCUGGCGAUCCGGAUGGCUACUUUGCGAUUGAUCCGGUUUCGGGCAACAUUCGCGUGGCUAGUACACUGGACCACGAAACCAAACCGCAAGUUUUGCUGAACAUCCAGGCAACCAGUGGAGAUCCUCCGGCGUACGGGCACACCCAGGUCAACAUAGACAUCGAAGACGUCAACGAUAAUCCACCGGAGUUCGAGUCCAACACCGUUCGCAUAUCGGUACCGGAAAAUGUUGAAAUCGGUUCGCCGCUGUACGCUGCCAAUGCCCACGAUAAAGACUCCGGAAUGAGUGGCGUGAUCACGUAUCGGCUGAGCAACAAUGGUCCACCGUCGAGCAGUCUCUUCAGCAUCGACAGCAGGAGCGGUCAUCUCAGUCUGGCUAGACCACUGGACUACGAAACGGUACAACGGCAUGCGCUGAUUGUAACGGCUUCGGACUCCGGGAUCCCUCUGCUGUCGACGAACUUGACCAUACUGGUCGAGGUGCAGGAUGUGAACGAUAAUGCGCCAGUGUUUGAGAAGAAUGAGUACUCGAUCAAGGUGCUGGAGUCGACACCCAGCAAUUCUCAGAUCUUGCAAGUCAGCGCUGUUGAUGCGGACACGGGGAACAACGCGAGACUCACGUAUCGGAUACUGGGUGACGAUCAGAGGCAACGAUCGAGGAAAUCAUCCGCGAAAUCACUGGAGGAAAACGUACAGGACAUAUUUGGAAUUUUCCCGAACAGUGGUUGGAUAUAUCUGCGGACGAAGCUCGAUCGGGAAGUUCAGGAGCGAUACAAUAUCACAGUGAUCGUCAGCGAUAACGGCGUUCCAACGCUGACCGCCACAACCAAUGUGAUCGUGACGAUUCUGGAUGCGAACGAUAACAGUCCCAUUUUCGCCAAACAACUGUACGAAUUUGAAAUCGAGGAGAAUAUGAGGCGAGGUUCGGUCAUUGGGCUGAUAACGGCGAGUGAUGCCGACGCGGGAAUUAAUGCCGUCGUGCGGUACAGUUUGAUACCGAGUAACACAAGUUUCCAGAUUAAUCCGGUGUCAGGUGAAAUCACAUCGCGAGACAGUCUCGAUCGGGAAACCAAGUCCAACUACGAUCUAGUGGUGGAAGCGCGUGACCAGGGAACUCCCUAUCGCGGUUCCCGGGUUUCGAUCAAGAUCAAGAUUCUUGACGUGAACGACAACGCUCCCGAAAUUGUCGACCCGCAGGAGGAUGUCGUCAGUGUUCGGGAGGAGCAACCGAUUGGCACAGAAGUAGUGCGGAUCCGGGCAAUUGAUCGUGAUUUCGGGUUCAAUGCAACCAUUACCUAUUCGAUUCUGAAGAGUCGUGAUUCCGAUGGGUAUGGGGUGUUCUCGAUCGACCCGAUCACGGGUGUGAUCCGGACGAAAGCUUCACUUGAUCACGAGGAGAAAACAAUCUACCGUCUGGCGGUGGCUGCUACGGACAACGGUAAACCUCCCCGGCAGACGGUACGGCUGCUCAGGAUCGAAGUGCUCGAUUUGAAUGACAAUCGGCCAACCUUCACCAGCUCCAGUUUGGUGUUUAGGCUUCGCGAGGAUGUCGGUGUUGGUCAUGUGAUCGGAUCGAUCAGUGGCAGUGAGCAGUCCGAUUCAGAGAACCUCAUCGCUGGUGGCAAUGCCUUGCACAUAACCUACUCGCUGACUGCACUAACAAAUGACAUAACCGAUGGGGCUUUUGAUAUCGAUCGCAAUUCCGGCAAACUAGUUGUGGCACGAACUCUCGAUCGUGAACAACAGAGUGAGUAUCGGAUGGAAAUUCGUGCGCUGGAUACCAGCGCCAGCAAUAACCCUCAGAGCUCGGCUGUUACGGUCAAGAUCGAGAUAGCGGACGUCAACGACAAUCCCCCCAAGUGGCCGAACGAUCCGAUCAAUGUGUACAUCUCAGAGGAUAGUCCGGUGGGAGCCGUCGUGUACAACUUCACCGCCACCGAUAACGAUUCCGGGACGAAUGCCGAGAUUAAGUACAACCUCUCGAAGGCGGCACAUUCACAGAAAGAAUAUUUCUCGAUCGAUUCGUUGACGGGAUCGUUGACUCUGCUCGCCCAUUUGGACUACGAAGAAAUAAAGGAGUUUCUGCUCAUAGUGCAAGCAACCGAUCAGUCUUCCAAUGUGACAGAGCGAAUGACGACUUCCGCGACCGCUCGAAUCAUGGUUACCGACGUGAACGAUAACGCUCCCAAUUUUGUGGUUCCACAAGUCCAGGAUACAACGUUCUACAUCAGCGAUUCAUUGGAGGUCAAUCAGGUCGUUUCCCACGUGGUAGCAAUCGAUCGGGACAGCGGAGAGAAUGGUCGGAUCGUUUAUAAAAUCAUAAGUGGUAACGAUGACGAACGGUUCGUGAUCGAUGCCGACACUGGACUCAUCAAACUAGCGAAACCGUUCAACAGUAAUUUUAUCGCUGACAGUUCGAAGAACUCCAUCACCGGUCGGUACAAUUUAGUCAUCAGUGCGUCGGAUCAGGGUAUGCCACGGUCCAAGGAAGCCAAAAUUAGCCUUCAAAUAGUGAUCCAAAACACCACCAACAAUCCGCCGAGAUUCCUGGAGUCGGUUUACCACGUCAACAUCACGGAGAACGUUCCGGUCGGAAGUUUCGUCGUGCGUGUUUCGGCGAAAUCCUUCAACGACAAUGGUAACGCCAAUUUGACGUAUGAAAUUCCGAAGGGAGUCGGCGAGGAUCACUUCGUGGUUGACGUUGUUCGCGGUAUCGUAACCACGCGGGGAACGUUCGAUCGCGAAUCUAAAGAUAUGUACACCAUACCGAUCUAUGUGACGGAGCAGAAUCGGUUCAAGAGUGCUGCAUCCGGUGCCUCCAAGGACAUGAGUCAAUUCGAUGUGGCUACACUGGUGGUACGGAUAACCGAUGUUAAUGAUCAUGCACCUGAGUUUCUGCCGGGAUCAUGUUACCCGCUGGCGGUUCCGGAGAACAGUGAGCUGUCGGUGAUUCACACCGUGGUUGCCAGCGAUGCCGAUGAGGGUGUGAAUGGGGAGAUUACCUACAGCAUUUCUGGUGGCAACAUUGGCAAUAAGUUCAGCAUCGACAUGAACACGGGAGCGUUGACGGCCCGACCACUCGAUCGGGAAAUCCACGCACGUUACGUACUGCAGAUCACCGCCCAGGAUCGUGGACUGCCAACUUCCCACCAGGGACACUGCAAUAUAACGAUUCGCGUUGAGGAUGAGAAUGACAACGAUCCGAAGUUUGAGCUGCAGAAAUAUAUCGCAACGAUCGACGAGGACGCUCAGCUGGGUACGACAGUGCUUACGGUGAAGGCCAUCGAUGCGGAUAUCGGUAUAAACGCGAGGAUCGUUUACUCUCUGGCUAACGUUACCGAGUGGCUGUUCGAUAUUGACAGUAAAACGGGAGUGAUCACCACCGCGGGCCAUUUCGAUCGCGAACGACAGAGCCUGUACAACUUCAUGGUGGUCGCCACCGACGGUGGCCGAUACAAUGCCCGCACCCAAAGUGUUCCGGUUCAGGUGAUCAUCGCAGAUAUCAACGACAACAAACCCGUUUUCGACAAGUACCCCUUCAAAGAGUCGAUCGGUGCAUUGGUUCAACCUGGCCAAACACUGCUGCACAUCUCGGCGACCGACGCCGAUCAGGGAAGCAACGGCGACAUCGUGUACAGCCUGAAUGAUAAUCCGAACAAUGCCAAGUUCCGUAUCAACCCAAACACGGGUGCUCUCAGUGCUACGCAAUCACUGGCCAGCGAAAAUGGUCGCCUGUUGCACAUCGAGGUAACCGCCCGGGACAAAGGUAACCCACCACAAACUGCCACCGGACUGAUCGAGCUUCAGGUGGGUGAUCUGCAGCAGGAACUGCCCACCCUGAAGUUCCAGAACAGCUCGUACAAGAUUAGCCUGGUCGAGAACACUCCCGUUGCGCAGACAGUUCUCCAACUGAAUGCCGUGCGGAGCGAUGGGCGAAGGCAGAAGAUCAUCUAUAGCUUCGGAUCGGGUAACGAGGACGGGACGUUCUCGAUUGAUGCCGUAACUGGAGAAAUCAAGAUACGCAAUUCUCACAACUUGGAUUACGAAAAGUUCAGCCGGCUGAACUCCGAUGGGAUAGAGUUGGUGGCGGUUGCCCGAACCGAUGGCAGUCCGCUGCUGUACGGUUACUGUACGAUCAAAAUAGAGCUGCAGGAUGAGAACGAUAACGCUCCGAGGUUUACUCAACAGCAGUACUCGGCGGCAGUUUGGGAGGGCAACAACAAGGGAGCGUUUGUGAUCAGGGUGGGGGCAUUCGAUGCCGAUCAGGGCUCGAACGCUCACAUUCUGUAUCACAUCGUGGAUGGGAAUCACGACAAUGCGUUCAUCAUUGAACCCGCGUUCAGUGGUAUCGUGAAGACCAAUAUCGUGCUGGAUCGCGAGAUCCGGGACAAGUACAAGCUGAAAGUGAUUGCGACCGAUGAGGGAGUUCCGCAGAUGACCGGUACGGCGACGAUAAAUGUGAAUGUGGUUGAUGUGAAUGACAACCAGCCGACGUUUCCGCCGAACACUGUCAUUAGUGUUAGCGAAGCUACCACUGUUGGAACCGUACUGACUUCGAUCACCGCGAACGAUGUGGACACCAAUCCGCCCCUAACAUACAGCUUCGGUGACAGUCUAGACGACGACGCGAAAUCGUACUUCUCGAUCGAUCGAUACAGUGGGAAAGUGAUCCUCAUCAAAGGUCUCGAUUAUGAGGAUCGUCACGAGUUCCAGCUGAGGAUCCUCGCAUCCGAUUCGGCCCAUGUAGCUCGAACCACGCUAACGGUGAGGGUUACCGACGUGAACGAUAAUCCUCCGGUUUUCCAGCAGAUCACUUAUCAUGCGAUGAUCAACGAUGAUACGGACAGUCACAGCAACGUCGCGAUCAUCGCCGUGAACGCCACCGAUGCGGACAGCGAGAACAACGCAGCCAUCCGGUACGCUAUCAGUCCCCCGUCGAUCGGCUUCGCGAUCGACGAACUCACCGGACAACUCUUCGUCAACAUGAGCCAAGCGCUGAAAGCGCGUUCCGGAACCUUAUACGUAAGCGUCAGUGCGAUCGACUCCGGACGUCCCCCGCUCACCUCUUCGACCAUCGUUCGGCUGGAGAUCAAAUCCAAGAGCAAAGCCAAUCCCCACUUCAUUCAGAACCAAUACCGCCUCUCGGUUAGCGAGGAUGCACCGACGGGAACGGUGAUCACAAACCUCAUCCCGAAGUCGAUCGCCGAUCAGGUGGACGUGAGCUCGGGUAUCGCGUUCGAAAUCAUCGACGGCAACGAAGAUGCCGCCUUCGAAGUAUCCUACCCCUCGGGUGCGAUCCUUCUCGUGAAACCACUCGACCGGGAGAAGAUCGACUAUUACGAGUUACGAUUGGUUGUUACCGAACCCGGAUCCCGGAUGAUCUACAAGGGCAUGAAUACGACCGCCGCGAUCAGGGUCACGAUCAGCGUCGAAGACGCCAACGACAACGCGCCCGAAUUCCAGCCCGGGUCGUACGAGGUGUCGAUCAGUGAGCUAGCCCCUAUCAAACACUCGAUAGCGAAGAUAUCCGCAAUCGACGCCGAUCUCCUGAACUCCCCCAACUCGGAAGUGGUCUACCAGAUUGUCUCCGGCAACGACCGGGGGAUGUUUUCGGUCGAUUUGAUCACCGGACUGCUAUAUCUCAACAACAAUCUCGAUUACGAUCGGGGCCUGACGCAGUACAAUCUGGUGAUCCGUGCCUGCGAUAGCGACGUGCUGCCCAAGUGCAGCGUUCAUCCCUUCGUGAUCAAUUUGACGGACGAGAACGACAACGAGCCACAAUUUCCGGUGCCUGAGUAUUUGGAGUUUGUGGGUGAGAAUGAACCCAUCGGAAUCAGUAUUUUCACCGCCCGCGCAACCGAUAUGGACCGGGGUGUGUACGGCAGUGUGAACUACUCGAUCGAUAACGCCCUGACGGGGAGCUUCUCGAACAUCGACGACGGGUGGAAGUUCUUCAAGGUGGACGCGCUCAGCGGUGUGAUCAACUCGAAUGCUGUGUUUGAUUACGAGGAAAAGAAUCGGUACACUUUCACGUUGAGGGCGACGGAUUCGGGAGGGAAAUCCAAGACGGUUAAGGUGCGGAUCAUGAUCGAGAGCCGGGAUGAGUUUAGUCCACAGUUUACCGAGCGAACGUACCGAUUUGUGCUGAAGGCACCCGAGACGGGUCACUUGCCGGUGGGGUACGUGGUUGGUCACGUGACGGCUAUGGACCGUGAUCGGGGACCGGAUGGGAGGAUCGUGUAUCAGCUAACGACGCAACAUCCAUACUUCAAGAUGAACCGGACGACGGGUGCGAUUUUGAUUAGGAAAAAGCUGGACAACGCUGCGGCUUCCCUGGAGGCCGGACGAGACAUAAGUCUGGUGGUGACGGCGAGUUCCGGCCGACAGGGAUCGCUGACGAACAUGACAGUGGUGGAGAUCUCGAUCGAUUUACUAGGCCAUUCGAAGGGAGGCGAUGCGGGUGGAGCUUACGGUAAUUCGGAGUCGGUUUCUGCUAGCAAUGGGCUGGCAAAUUGGGCUCUGGGGCUGUUGAUCUCGAUCCUGCUGGUGGUGAUCUGUGCAGCGUCCAUAUUUUUAUUCUUGCACAUGAGAAACAAGCAGCAGAAACAGGUCAACAAGAGCGGAUUGAACACCGAGUCGGUGGGUCAUUCGAAUAAUUACGUUGACCCGAGUGCCUUCGACACGAUACCGAUUCGUGGGAGCUCGAGUGGAACGAACAACGCAGGUCAAUUUGCUCCUCCGAAGUAUGACGAAAUUCCUCCUUAUGGUGCUAGUUCGAAUUCGGGAGCCGCGACAACGUCAGAACUUUCCGGAUCCGAACAAUCCGGCUCGAGUGGACGAGGUUCGGCGGAAGACGAUGGGGAAGAUGAAGAGAUUCGAAUGAUCAACGAAGGAGGACCUCUUCAGCGGGAUGGACUUCAGCUGGACGGUCGACUGUCGGAUGUUUCGGUGCAGAACACUCAGGAGUAUCUGGCUAGGCUGGGAAUUGUUGAUAACGCAACGACGGGAAAUGCCUCCAAUUCGUCCAGAAGAUGUUCGGAGAGCAUAGGACUUGGAAGUUCAAAGGACGCUAUGCUGCAUCAUACGCUUCCGAUCGAUACACUGCACAUGUUCGAUGACGAACACCGGGAAUCGGAUCUAACGAACCUCAUCUAUGCCAAACUGAACGACGUAACCAACAACAGUGACCGAGCGAGCAGUGUAGACGAGACCGUGACUAACGCCGGUAGCAUAGGUGCUGCCGUAGAUCACGUAAUGAUGGGGAACUACGGAGAUGUACCGGUGAUCGGUGGUCAACAGGGCAUCUCUAUGAACGGUUCCCUAAGCUCAAUUGUACAUAGUGAAGAAGAGCUGACAGGUAGCUACAACUGGGACUACCUUCUCGACUGGGGACCCCAAUAUCAACCUCUGGCGCACGUCUUCUCGGAGAUUGCUCGCCUCAAAGAUGACACACUCUCGGUGCACAGCGGCAACAGUGGGACAUCCAGUGCCAAGAGCAAAAACUCGCUCCACCACGCAGCGAAAAACGUUCCACCGCCACUGCUGACCAAUGUGGCACCACGGUCCAUCAAUGUUCCGGUGUUCUCGGCCCGAGGCACCAGCGGACAUCAUGGUCAAGCACCUAACCAGUAUUUGCUGCCGAGAUCACCAAUCAGUCACGACUCGGCAACCGGGUUUAGCACCUCAACAGCUAUGUCACCCAGUUUUUCCCCCUCUCUUUCCCCACUCGCGACCCGAUCACCCUCGAUAUCACCCCAUGUGGUCUCAACGGGGGUCCCUACCUCCCAUCACAUGGUUUCCCUUCCGCGACCUCCCCAACAGCGGGGUCAACGGAAACCCUACUAAUGUAGGAAAAUGCAUACCCCACCCCACCAUCCCCCUCUCGACAUGGCUGUGUAGGCUAAACAAAAUUAACAAAAGACUGUAAAUAACAAAUAAAAACAAAAGAUCAUCAUCCCAUAUAUCUUCCCAUGACAACCUAGAUGUACAUCAGGGUGGCAGCGAAAAUGGUCAUGUCAAAUUUCAAAAACCGACCAUGUACAAUUCUUUCAUUGGCCCAAAAAAAUGGCCUGUGUAAAGUUUCAACUCAAUCGGAUAUGAUUUAGGGGUGCCUCAAAGCGCUCAAAGUUUUGAUUUUUUAAUCCUCGAAAAUCCUCCAAGGGGGGAGUAAAGGAAAUUUGGAAAAUCGAUUUUUUUUUUCGAUACCAAAUGACUUGAAAAUACAUGAAGAUCAAGAUCUGGUGUAAUCUUGAAAAAAAAAAGUUUGCCAAAAAUCGAACUUUUGGGAUUGUAUCUUCUAUAUCGUCCCCUUAACACGUUCGUCGACCGAAGCGGCUUUUCUGAGUUUUUUGCGGAGCCCAACUUGCGGAUAAAUUGUUGAAUGAAGAUCGAACUUAGUUAGUGGACACAGUUCACAUGAUCUAGCAAUAUUUUAUUUAAUUUGAAGAUGAAUUGGCUACAAUAGCACAUGUCAAAGUCAUAUUAUAUGGGUUUCGUAUGAAACUGCAGUACAAACCAUCCACAUUAUAAAUUUAUAAAAAGUAUAGCAUAAACAUUAUAAUGAUAUGGUUAUAAUUUUAUUAUUUUUCUACAUAUAGUUAGUUAUACUUAGGUGCCUAUUCUAUCAAAUUCCUUUUCAAAAUCCUAUUCAAUUUGAACGAGCAAAGUGUCACCCAUAUCUGGGUGACGGGGCGACGAAAGAGUUAAUGCUACAACUAGAUAACUCGAAAUUUCUCUGAAUGGAAUUUUGUUCUCUUCCGUUUGAAUAUAUCGGGUGUUCAUUCUCAGUGAGACAGUGAGAAGAAUGAGUGUGGGAAAUAAUGCAAAAACCAAAUGUUCCACGUGACAGAAUAUCGGUUUCAUGUAAUUAAGUUCGGUUCAUUUGUCAUGAACUGCAGGGGCAUUGGUGAUUGAAUUUGAUGUUCACUCAAUAUCUUGCGUUGUCAAUAAAAUGAGAAUGAGAUUUUGCUACCCUGAUCGCGAGUAUUGCGACAAAAGAGGAGAACAGAGAGUUACUGCUUCCAUGCACCGCUAAAUUUUCAAUGAAAAUUUUCAUCUUGGUUUCACGGCCCCAAGAAAGAUCAAUGCCGGGUUUAUAACUUCUAUGAUAAUGCGGAUAAUGAGUUGAAUGAUGAACUCCACCAUUACUUGGCUCAAAAGGAUAAAGUUAGACAUGAAAUCGGAAUGUAUUUGUUUAUAACUAGUCACAUCAGCAAACGAUAAACUCGUCUGUUAUUCGUUCGAUCUACAGUGAGUUUUGCUUGUACAUUAUGACCCAAAGAACAAUGCUCUCUUUUACAAGCGUAGACUUGCGACGUUUAACUUUACGAUUUAUAAUAUGGUCAGUAAACAAGGAAAUUGUCCCAUGUGGAACGAAACCGAAGGAGGUCGAGGGACUUAUGAAAUCGCCAGCAUCAUUCAUGCCUUCUUGAAGUCGCAUCCUGUGAAAACGUCGGAAGUUACGUUCUACAAUGAUCCAGAAUUUCAACAUGUUCGUUGCUGCCAUGUUCAUUCUCGCCGUAUAGAAGAUAAAUCACACUGGAAAAAUUGAUCAUUAACUUCUCGUGUCAGGUCACAUUGAAAUGGAUUGUGAUUCUAUGCAUUGGGCAAUCAGUACCGAAUUUAAGCAUGUUGGUCAAGUACCGAGAACGAUGAGCCUUAUUUGGUUCAUGAUUCGAAUCAGAAACAGAUCAAAGAUUUCAAAACCUUCUCUAAGCAACACAUGACUACGCGCAAAAAAAGGAGAUAUGAAUACGUGGCCUAAGAUGGUAUGGAUGCUUUUCUUGAAAUUUGAGCCGUAUAAAAUGGCAUUCAAAAUAUCGUAUGAAGAAGAUUUGCGUUCCAUUGAUUUCAAUAAGCGGAACAAGAGAGAAUUACAGAAGCCACUACAGCAGCUUUAUCGCUCACCAAUCCCUAUCUCGACAGCAAAAUACAUCGACUUCAAGUCUCUCUUCACCCUGAAGCCACCAGCUAUAAACCACUUGCUAUAUAGGAGAAGUGUGUAAUACGCACCCCCUCAGCAAGAAUGGAUUUAUUUUGACUGUGCUCUUAAAAUUUAAGGUAACAACUACGUCAGUACGUAGAUUAGUUAACCCUCAGUCAUCUGUAAUCGUUCGGUAUUUUAGAUACUGAAUAACAAAAGUGCUACGAUAUUUAUUUUGUAAGGCGACCAAAUUUUAAAUUUCCAAUUAUACGGUGUUAAAUGGCCCAGCAGAAGUAUAAUAUACUCAAAAGUUGUUUCUCUCAGAGACUUUAAAGCUCAGAGAAACAGCAUGUAUGAAUGAGAGAUUCCAUCAAUCUGUUCCCUUCAUGCCCACCAGUGAAGAGAAGAAACCAUUUCUGCGGUGAGCGUGUUCUCACAGUAUUCGUGCAUUAAUUCUGCAGUCCGCGCUCUUGUUUUCCCGCAUUCUCUGAAUACAUAAUAUAGAUGCCAGAUGUGAAAACAUGUUUUCGUUUUGAAGACAUUUAAUUUUGUGAAAACAUACUGAGGUCAUUUUGAAGUAUGUGAAAACAAUUGUUUGUGUGAUUUAUCGAGUAUGAUUUAGAAAUAUCGUGAUGGUCUGCUCAUUUUUGUUCAUUAUGAUUGCAUUUGAAGACAUUUAUUCGUGCCAUGCAGAGAUAUUUGAAAAAAUCAUAUGGUAUUCCUCACAUACAAGCUAUUUCUCUUGUGAGAAUGUUAUCCGGCCGAAAGCGAGCAAAUUGCCCCGAUCGAGGGUAUGCCAUACGGCAGUAUGGCAUGGUAAGCUGAUGGGGAAAAUAUUAAAUUGAGAAGGAAAUGAAUUCUUUCUUACCAAUUUCUUCAUCUGAGAUAUUCACUGGGAACUCGACUCAAUGUAUAUGACCCACAGUUGUCGCCUCUAAAUCGACAAACGCUAAGUUAUCGCCAAGCAACAAAAACCUUAUAGAAAUGAUAUAGAAAAUUACAUCGAAAAUCGCUUCCAAAAAAAAUUAUUUUUAUUAUUUUUUAAAGCUUGUUACAAAUGUAAAACUUGCAUGGUAGCAUUCUAUCGUUGACUAGCACGAUUGCCUAUAUCCAUUGCAUUUCUAUUCUUGCUGGUUUACGAGAAAAUAAGGCGGGUCAAAUUGCCCGACGUAGAGAUGAACCAGCAUUUGGCUGAAAAUCUCUUCAACAAAGAAAGGAAAAAAAAUGCCCGACAUGCGCGUUUUAGACACAUCUCCUCUACACCUCUUUAUUUUAAUCUGUCACACAACAAUAAAGUCAAUAACGAAGAUCAUGUUAAUGCAAACAGCUGCUGAAAUUUUGCACAGGUCAUUUUGUUUACCAACAAACAAAAUGUACAUGGUCGGUACAUGGCAUUAAAUUCGAUAAUUUUUUUUCCAUACCUUUAUAAAUUUUUUUUUAGAUGACACCAGAUCUCGGCGUUUUAUGUAUUUUAAGUCAUUUGCCAUCGAAAAAAAAAAUCGAUUUUUUAAAUUUCGUCCCCCCCCCCCAACUUGGAAGAUUUUCGAGGAUCAAAAAAUCAAAACUUUGAGCGCUUUGAGGCACCCCUAAAUCAGGUCCGAUUGAGCUGAAACUUUGCACAGGUCAUUUUUUUUUUGGGCCAAUGAACAAAAUGUACAUGGUCGGAUUUUGAAAUUUGACAUGACCAUUUUGGCUGCCACCCUAAUGUACAUUGUACAUUGUGUACAGUUCUUUCGAGUUUAGAGAAUUUUUACGACAAAACACUUUAGAACCUAAGUUAUAACAGAUUCACAAAACAAGUGCCUUCGAGUAGCAGCUAGCAGCAGCAGUAGCAGAAACCUGUACAUAGUUAUUUUAACAUUAGAAUUUUUUAAACAAACUGUAAAAAUAGCCCUUAAGCAAAAACUCGAUUAGACACCAUGGAAAACUAUGCAACUGUUGUACCAAGACGAGACUGUAAAUACCUUCCUUUCUCGGAUUGUUGUCAACAGUAGCACUAGUGAAGCUCUUAUCGUAUCAUUUUUAAAUCUACAUCUUCCGAAGCCGAACCAGACCGUAAACAUCCGUCGGCACUUCUUUUAUUUAAAUGUUUUGUUUCGAGGAAAAGACUGUUAUGCGUUGUAUAGCUUUUCGUUAAAGAAAAAAAUAAAUAGUAUGUAUUGUAUCAAGUCCCGUUUCCUGUCUCAGCGAGGCGAAACAGCAUUUUUAGCAGAACGGAAGGUAAACCGUAUCCAAUUUUAGUGUCGUUUUAGAAGUAAACGAAGCUCAAAACCAAGUCGCAUUUAAUAUGUAUGUAAAAACUCAUACUCCAUCCCUCUUAGUGAACGAACGAAGCAAACUAGAAAUUAUUUUAGCAUCAUUUCGAAACGACAAAAUUACUACUAGGUGAACAAAUUUCAUUUCUCGUUUCCAAGAUUUUGUUCUGUACUAUAUUUAUAUAAAUACGAGUAUAUAUAUUUUUACAUAAAGGCCAUAUGUAAGAAGCGGAAGCGAUAAAAGUUUUUAAAAU